AAUUCAUGAUUGAAAGUCUAACACUUUUGAAAAAAAUGUAUCCGAUCAACACUUAUGUAGAAUUGGUUCAAAAAAUCACUGCACCUAUUAUAGAAGGGAUAAUAGGUGUCCUUCAUACAUUCGCCAAAUGGACUGAAAUCGGGUGUGAUACUUUUAAAUUGGCUGGAAGUAUAAAACAACUAUUAUCGGAUGCAUUUUUUCAACCUAUAUUGGGUGAAUGGGGCAUAUCGAAAAAUCAGUCAUUGCCUCAAGAUCUCAUUUCAUUGAUUCAUAGAUAUUGGGAUGCUUCAUGGUGUGCGUUUACUCAAGUGUUCAAAAAAUAUGAUGAUUUAGUUUCUGCAACAAUUCAUGAAGAGGUCAUUGUUCAAUUAUCUAAUUACGCGGAAUUAGCGACUCGUAUGUUACAGCGACAUUCAGAUCCAGCUUUUGGCUCUAUCGAUUCUCUUAUUCUGACAGGUCCAUUUUGUCAAGCUCUAAAAUUCAUUAUUGGUUUGUUAGAAUGCAACAACCUUGGUCUAAUACAAAAAUUACACCGAUUAACUUGUGAAAUACUUUAUGGUCUGACUAAAUAUGAGUUAACUUUAGAUAGUACUUUGUAU